CCAACCACCAACCACCAACCUGGAACCGGAACACGAUAAGCAAUGAGUAAAGCGACGAAUACGGCACUUGCGGCGCCUGAGGCGAUCAACAAAUCGAAUUUGGCAGAUCUGAAAAAUACUAGCGAUGAUGCAAUUGCUCCCUUCAUGUCUGGGCUCGGAUACACCCAAUCCCACUACCUAACCGACAUCCGCCUCGCAAUCGGCUACCUCGCCGCCGGAAUCAUCGCCCUCACAGCCUUCAACGACUACAAAAAGGGGUUCACACCCGCUAAAUCGCACACCCUGAUCGGCGUGGUGCUCUACUUCGUCCUCAACACCAUCCUCACGCUCUGGAUGUUCUUUGUCGAAAAGGGUACGGUGUAUGUUGGGGCUGAUCACACCAAGGGUGAGAAUAUCAGGGUGGAGAGUUUGGGGCCGAGGAGGAAGUGGGGGCCGAGGUAUAGGUUGAAGGUGGUGAAGUUGAAGGAUAUGGAGAAGGAUCUUGAGGUUGAGCUUGAGGGGGAGUUUAGUGAGUGGUUUGAUGAGGAUGGCGUGCUUGUGAGGACGAAGUUUGAUGAGUUUUUGGCUGGGGCUUUGGCGCAGCUGGAGAAGAAGAAGCUGUAG